AUGUUACAACAUGUUGAAGCGGGUAACCAUACUGAAGAUUUAAAAAUUAAUAUUUUACAAGAUGUUGAAGAAUUUCUCACUAUCCCUGUAAAAAAUAUUGUAUAUGAAGUUCUCACAGAUGAUCAAAUUAUUAAUGAACUUGUAUAUCUCUUUAAUAAUAUGGAUGAGAACCCUGAUUCAGAAAAAUUAGAUGAUAGCCAAGAAAUUCCUAUUAUUAAUAUCAGCAUUGCUACUUUUAGUCUAGAAACU